UGAGGAGGGCGAGUGACCCCGGGGUGAGUACCGCCGUGACUUCCAUAGUGCAGCACCAAAAAUUUAAGCGUAUGUUAAUGUUUGGUUUGAGAUCCCUAUCCGACUUUUGUAACCCCACAUCAAAAACGUACAAAGAAAACGCAUUUGACGCAUUAGACAGAGGUGCCGUGGAGUCUAUAAAGAACGCAGUAAUUAAUUACAAGGACGAUGAUGACAUUCUUUUUUGCUCAAGUAGAAUACUUUUUGCGAUGUCAGAUUAUUGUUGCUUAGAGAAAGACACAGAUGCAUUACAAAAGUUAAUUACAGAUGGUGGUGUAAACGCUGUAGUAGAAAUUAUAAAAACCGUUCCCUCAGAUCAGGAUACAUUAAAAAAUUGUAUGCUGUUUAUUCAGAAUAUGAAUGAUUCAAAUGUUCAAAUAGAGGGAGGAGAUCUCGGUGUUGCUUUACUAAAUGUGUUUACGUCAAAUUCAUAUAAUGUCAAAUUGGGUAAUGUAAUUGUGUCAGCAUUGUCUGUUGCUGCUAAGUCUGAUUCUGGUUCAAAGAUCUUAAAUGCAGAGGGAGCACAUCAUAAAUUAAUAGACCACUGCCUAUCAUUGCAGGUGGUAAAUGAUGAUACGGCUGAAAUUGUUGAGGGUGUAUUUGACGCUAUUAAAAAUUUGUCCUCAAACGGUUAUGUGGUUCCGACAAUAAUUGAAAAAUCGGUUGUCAUUUUGGACAAAUUUAAAUCGUACCCAAGAAUUGUUUCCAAAGGAAGUGAUGCUAUGAAAUGUGCUGUUGGUCCAGAACAACUAACUGAAUGUUUGAACAUUUUAAAAACAUCAGAGCAGGGAUCAAAGGAGCAGGACGCAGCACUAGAGUUACUUAGUUCUCUUUCGUAUAUUUCUUCCAUAACAGAUAAGGUAGUAGAAUCUGGAGGAAUCCCAGUCCUUGUAGAAUUAAUCAAUAGUGGAUUACAACAGUAUGAAAGUAAUCCUGAGAAAAUAUCCAGACUAGUAGCUGGGGCAUCUAGAAUGUUGGGAAGAAUUUCAAAUAAUCCUCCUCAUGCUGUCAUAGUUUAUGAAUAUGGAGGCAUUGCAACGCUUUGUACUGCUUUAUCCUACUUUCCCAAUGAUGCCGAUUGUGCAAGUGCUGUGUGUAAUGCGCUAAUUCCCUUCGUGUCUCGAUCUAACUAUGUGAAUGAAAUAAAUAGUUACUCAUUGUUUGCGUCGUUAUUCCCAAUAUUGUACGCAUCUUUGGACUCCAUUGAGCUAGCCAAAGCGAGUAUGUCCUGCAUAGCCUCUGCUUCGAUGAUUAACGAGUUUCACGAACAAAUGGUAAACAAUCAAGCAAUAGAAAUUUUAUCCACCUGUAUUCAGUACCAUGUGAAUGAAACGAAAUACCUCUUAAAUUGUUUUACGGCAUACUUCAGAUUAUCAGACUAUAUAACGACAGUGGAACCUAUUAAUCAGUACGGAGGGGUAACAGGAAUUGCGAAUGCGUUGUCAGCUGUGAGUAAUGACAGUACCAUAGCAGAAAUUGGUCUAAAAUUGAUAAACAAGAUGUUGACCGCUUCAGACGCCUUGAACUAUUUGAGCAAUCAGCAGGUAGUCGAUUCGGUAUUGACUGUUAUGCUGGAAAAUGAAACGAAAGAAGUGAUCAUACAAGAAGGAACGAAAAUUAUGGAGAAGUUAGCCACUGAAAGUGACUGUCAAAGGCACAUAUCUAAUUUGGAGUCGAUUAUAAAUUUGGCUCAGUCAAAUCCGGAAGCUGCGUACAAAACGUUAGCUGCAAUUUCUGGACUGUCUCGAAUCCAAUCUUUAAAAAGUAUACUAGAGUCGAAAGGUGCUGACAGUUCGAUAUAUAACGGCAUGAAGGUAUGGAUUGAAUCCCCUCGUUUUAAUGAACAACCCAAGUUAAUCAAAGCAGCUUUGAAAACGAUCAAGAUAUUGAAACUGAAUGCAGCAGGUACAAUUCACGAGGUAAUAACAUCCAUAGUUGAUGUGAUGUGUAUUUCUCAAGUGAAGAGACUUGCGGAAAUUGAAGAACCAGACGACAACAUUCUCAUUACGGCCGCGGAGUGUAUAAACUAUUUAACCGAAAUUAACAAAAUAAAUAAUAAAGAAAUUGUAGAAUCCAGUUUAGAUAGCAUAUUUAAGUUGAUGAAGAAGUAUUCAGAUUCUCGCAUGACUCAGACAAAUCUACUUGCAGCAAUAAAUAACAUACUCCUGAGUAGCAAUAUGAUUGGCGUGGAUGUGUUGGUUAACAAGGGUUACGUGAAGCAGAUUGUUAAUUAUAUUCAUAAGGUGCCCAUGUAUGUGGAUGUGCAGAUAAUUGGAUUUAGCGUGUUGGGAAAUAUUAUAAAAAUUAGCCCAGAAUCGAUCGACUGUAUAAAGAAGGCCAAUACGUUGAUUCCACUUCAGAACUCUCUGCGGACACAUGCGAAGAAUGCUAAGCUGAAGGCGAUAUGUGCCCCUCUGUUGGCAAUGCUAAUGCCGUUAGACUCGCUAACGAAGGAAAUUGAGGAUCAUAUAAAACUGUGCAAUGAAGCUAUGAGUGAAAAGGACCUCAUCAAAUUGCAUGAGUAUUUGAUUUCUCUCAACGAGUUGUUACUAACCGCAGAGGCGAGUAAGAUAUCUUCUCGUUGUAACGUGGGGGAGAACCUUCAGAAUAUGGUUCAGUGGUUGAAGGACAAUCCGACUAUUUACAAAUCUACAGUAAAUAAGGACUAUAGCAUUUUAGGACGCAGUUUGUAUGACGCAACGAUAUCAGAAAUUGCACAUGCUUGCACAAAUAUAUCUCAGACAAGAAUUGGAUUAGUGCAUCUGACGAAAAGCGAUAUGACUUCCGCACUUAUAGAAGCAUACAACCUUUUAACAUUACCAGGAAAUGAGUACACGGAAGAGGCUGUUUCGAAUAUACUGGAGUCGCUAAGUGUGCUCCUAAAGCAUGACAUUACCAAUGCAGAUAUAGCAUUUAACAAAGGCUUGGUUAAGAAAUUGUGUGCUGGCAUUAACCACUUUUCCGAAUCGGACACUGUUAUUAAGAGCACUUUGGGAUGUUUAGCUUGCAUGUGCACGAGUGAAAAGCGCGUCAACCACUUAAUUACACACCCGGAAUAUGAUAAGCUCAUAGCGUUGAUUGUAGACCUGAUAGGUAACUCGGAGAAGUAUAAGAGUUCGAGGGGAAAUGCUAUAAAGGCUUUGUACGAGCUUUUAAAAACGGAGGAUGAACAGAUAAUAACAAAUAUAGCUAGCAAGACUCCAAUUGUGGACAAUCUGUUUAAGAUUAUGGGAGAGUAUCAAGCAGAUUUGCCUAUCGUUCAGGACAGUGCGAAAUGUUUGGCAAUUAUAGCAGACCAUAUAAAUAUUGAUGAGAAGAUGAAGAUAGACAAAUAUUCAGCUAUUAAAAUAUUGCUAGAAACUUUGGGCAAAAAUAAGAAUGACGAAAUGACAGCCCAGGAUAUACUCACCGUGUUGAUCAAGCUGUGCAAUAGUAAUGAUAAGAUGAAGCUGAGGGAAUUAGGUGCGGUGGAUGUCAUUUCGGACGUUACGAUGAUACACAGUGAGAAUGAGGAGAUUUCCAGACUGGGUGGAGUUUUAUUUUCCUACAUGGGAGCCGAUGAACAGGUAAAGAAAUUGAUGAAAUUGAUAUUGAAUGUUAAAUCUAGUGAAAGCGAUGCGGUGCAGAAGAUAGAUAACCUGUGUAGUCAGUUGGAGAUGUUUUUGAGGGCCCCUCUGGAGAACCCCCUGGACGCGUUGGAGUAUACGGAGGCUACACUGCAGCAGUUGAAUGGAUAUUUGACUUCUCAAUUGGAUAAUGCAUCUCUGCAAGCGAAUAUCGCAUUGGUGACAAAAAGGUUAGUAGAUCGUGUGAAGUAUGAUCAUGAGGAUCAGCUGGGAGCUUGGGCGGUUGCUUCUUCAGGUGUGUUAAAUCAGUACACGGACAUGAUUGCGAACAAGAUUGGAUUAGCCAACAGUAAAUUUGUAUCCCCUGUGUAUAGUGUCCUAGCAGGAUGUGUAUUAAAUCCUUACACGAAGCAGCUGGUGUUGGAUAAGUUGGCCCCGAUACUGGACAACACGUACGAAAUUUUGGAGGAGUACAAAAACAAGCCAUAUGCAGUGCAAGGCAUAUAUGAACUGCUCGAACAGGUGGCAAAGGAUGAAGAGGGUGCAAAGUUGUUGUACAUGAAAUGGAAUGGUCCCAUGGGGAACAUAGUAGAUCAAACGCUUGCCAUCAUGAAUUUAAACAGAGCAAACGAUUGUGUAUUCGUGCCUGGUAUUAAAUUAUUGGGUGCCCUUGCACAAACGUCUAACAGUUCUGGGUAUGUAAAUAACAUGGACAAUGCACACAUCAUAGAGUCCUGCGGGAUGUUGCUAAAUUUGGGUUCUAGUAAAGACAGGACAGUGGAAUUUAUCAAUUUUGUAGACACUAUGGUUGUGUCGAGCCUUUUAGACGAAAAUGUAGCCUCUGAAACGUUGAAAAAAAUUAGUUCUUUAUUAUCUGAGGAAAAUUUAUCCAAUUAUACAGAGCAAGGUCGUGUAGAAAUUAUCAAGGCGUAUGCAAAUGUGUUGAAGAACGCUGCAUCUACAGGGUUAUUUACGCACAUUCGUCAGACAGAUAAGACGCAGGCCUUGGACAAUUUAGCUAGGCUGAUGGAAUAUGAGCCAUGUGAAGAAGUGAAUGUAGCAAUUUUGGAAGCACUGAGUGAGAUAGCUACAUGUGACUCGUCCACCUCGCUGAAGAUAGUGACCUCCGCUUUACCAGCCAUUGUCCAGAGCAACCAUGAAGAUUUAAUAAAUGAUAACGCGACGGCAGAAAGUUUUCUUCGUACUUUGGAAAAAUUGGUAGAAAGGGAAGGGAUAGGGCGACAGAUCGCCAACAAUGAUGAAAUGUACAAAAUGUUGGAUGAGUUGGAGGUUAGCUUAGAGGGGAAGAAGGAGGAAUUAGGAGAAGAAUACGUGAAUGGCGUAAAAAUGAGAAUCUCUAGUGUGCGUAAUGCUAUAAAUGACGAUAUGCCAAAGCAGAAGACAUGUAAAGAUGUAUACGACAUGUUGACAGAGUACAAGUUGAAAUCGAUGGAGAUCAACGUUCUGCUUGACGCGUCGUUGGAAGAAGAUAUGAGUUAUGUACUAGAGAGAUUGAAGGUGUACAAUAAGGAUAACCUUUUGCCCACGACCGAAGCUGGAACGGACAAUUCGUACGGCUACAUGGCAAUAGAAAUAUUCUGUGAGAAUACGGAUAAUGUGAAAGAGCUAGUGAAGAAAGGAUUUCAUACAAGUGCUUUUCAUUCGUUGAUCAAACAACCAAAUGAAAAUGUGAAGCAUUAUUCGUGCCGUGCUUUAUGUGCCCUUACGAAGAACCCAAUAGGGUUGGAGCAUGUAAUUAAGGAGAUAAAGGAUUAUCCAAAUUUGAUUAGUAAAUCGGUUGGAGAUUUGUGUAUGGAGAAAACACUUGACAAGGAUGAUAAGGAAGAUUUCCUGAUCAAUCGUGUUUUGUUAAUAGAUAGAACAGCACACAGCAGAAAUGUGUAUGAUCGAACAAAUGCGGUUAACCAUUUGGUAGAAAUAUGGAAUCAGUAUGAUCAUGGAGAUUAUUCCGUUUCCGUGCUUCGUCAUGUAUUCAGAGCUAUGAGGAAAAUUGUGUCCGAUGCGCAUGUGGAAAUGUUACUCAAGGCAGAUGUGUUAAUGCGGCUGACUGGAAUUAUUAACAAUGUCGAAACGGAUAAGAUAAUAUACCCAGAUGUUCUUUUCCUGAUAGGAAGUUUAUCUGUGGUGAAGGAGAUAAAAACGCAGAUUGGAGAAAACAAGGGGAUAGAUGCAUGUGUCAAUUUGUUGUUGAGAUCGAUUGGUGUGGAGAAUAUGGAGCCGACCAUUACCAACUGCUGUUUGGCCUUAGCCAACAUGUGUAUAGACCACAAGGUGAAUUCGAAUAUUUUCUGUGCAUUGAAAGGUCCCGAUCUGAAUGUAAGAAUAUUGAAAGAUUAUCGUUCUAAUUUUGACGUAACGAAUGGUGCUUCCGUUCUGUUGUGUAAUAUUUUGUUUAGAAACGAAGAUAUGAAGAGGACUUAUGGAACGAAUGGGGCUCCAGCUGAAUUAGUUCAAUGUUUAAGAAGCUAUGAUGGUAGUGACAACAAGAAUGCAGUGAGGUGUAUCGAGAGUUUGUUCAAAGCCAUUUCGAACUUAUCCUUAUAUACGGCAAAUGUGAGAUAUUUCCUAGACGCACAGAUAGAAAUUUCAUACGAGUCUUGGUUGAACAAGCUCAAUGAAUCUUUCCCAGAUGCAGAGUUGGAAACGGGUUUGCGUACCUUAUCGAAUUUGGUUAUGGAAAAUGAAGAAAGGAACAUGAAGAAUUUUGGCAUAACAUUAAUUCCCGUGUUAAAUGUUCUUAGACAGAAUAGAGAAAAUACCAAGGUGGUAUUUUUUUUGCUGGACAUUUUGUGCUCUCUUUGCAGACACAACGAUAAUGCAAAAAUGUUUUCGGAGAAUGGGGGUAUAGAAACGACCAUAAAUGUGAUUCAGUUAUACGAUUAUGAUAUAAGUUUGCUGACCUUGGCUAUUCAUUUGUUGAGCAAUCAAUGCAAAAUUGAAUCUAGCUUGCCUCUGUUGGUGAAGUCUGAUACGUUUGGUAUUUUAAUUAGUUGCAUUGAAGCCGAGACCGAAGAAUUUGAAAUUACUGAAUUGGUGGUAUCUUCUCUGCGCUGCAUCAGGCGUUUAAUCCAGUCGGAAGAGUUGGCCUAUGAAUUUUGCAACUGUGGUGGUGUGCCUUCUAUUGCGAAUUUGAUAUGCAACUCUGUGAAGAAGUCCAUCGUUAUGUUGGAGGCGUUGCGUGUGUUGCUUUGCAUUUUUUACUACACGCAAAAUGUGGAGGGUGUUACGAAUGAAUACACAGAGGAGGAGGAAGAAUUGUAUAAUGCAAAGUUGGGUGGCUGGUACAACAUUAGUAUGGAUAAGGAAAUGGUCGAUACGAUUAUCCAAUCUGUGUUGACUUGUGCAAAUGAUAACCACCAUCAGAAGCAGCUCAGAUUGCAGAAGGUGUCGUUAGGACUGUUGGCUUACUUUGCAUACCAUAGGUUGGGAAUCAUAUCUAUGACUGCAUCUGGAUUUGAUAGUUUGACGCGAGAAAAUUUAAAUAACUUUGGUGGGGACGGUGUAAUAAUGCAGCUGUUAUCCAUAUGUAUUGAUAAUAUUGCCAUGUAUUCAGCUGAGGUGUACGACAUGACUGUGUCUAGGGAUAUUAUAAAAGGGUUCAAAUCUUCCGUCUCGAAAAUGAGUAACAAGAAGGAGGAUAAGCAUAUCGUGCAGAAAGUGGAGCUCACUGUGGAAGCAAUGAAUUCUGCUGAGGAUCCUCUGGAUGCAUUUAAGGACACUCUCUUAACAUUUGAUUUCAGCUUAUCCGAGUUUGACAAGGAUCCAUAUGUGAAUGGGGUGCAUGACUUGUCUGCAAACAUAAAGGACGCCUUACGCAAGGGAGGAAUGAGCAAAAUAUAUCACAACAGCGAUAAGAGGAAGCCAUUUAAGUGGAAGGCGAGUCAAGACCUGGCUACGUUAGAAUGGACCGUUGGGGAUGACACGGAGCAUAUAUUUAAAAUUUCUGUGGUGCGUAUUAAGAACAUAUCUAAGGGUUUAACGCACCCGUUGCUAAAGGCGAGUAACAAGAGGGAGCCCAGGAAGGUCAAUGCGAAGGUAACGUUGUGUAUCUACGGGCCGCCCACGGAGGACUUCCCCGAAGGGCUAGAGUUGCCCAUUAAGACCAAGACGCAGAAGGAGCGUGACGCUUUCGUGGACUUGCUGGUGCUGUGGCGUGACGCAGCCAGCUACAAUUAUUAG